CUAUGAACAUUUAUGAAUCGAGUAUGAAUUGUACAUUUGUUCAACAAAAACACUUGUUACUUUGUUGUUGAAAUUUAAAUAUCAAAUUGUCAUCAUGGAAUCGAAUAAACAAGAGCAUAAUAAUAAUAAUAAUAAUAUUGAACGACCAAAAGUUUCUUUUAUUGGAAUUAAUGAUGCAGAUGGUGAUGACAAUGAUAAUGAUCAAUCAACAACAUUAUCUCAUCAAGAAGAAUUAUUAUUAUCAAAUAAUUUUUCAAUUAUUGAUAAAGAACAUUUACAACAAAAAUUAAGAUUCUAUUUUAUGUCACCAUUGGAUAAAUGGCGUACAAAAAAAAGAUUUCCAUUUAAAUUAUUAUUUCAAAUGUUAAAGAUAAUAUUUGUUACAUUUCAAUUGAUAAAUUUUGGUCAAGAAAUGUCUGAUUAUAUUACACAAGAUGAUCAUAUUGAAAAUGCAUUUCGUAAUAUAUUAUUGGAUGAUUGGGAUCAAACAAGAGAAGUAUUUGCUUAUCCACCGGCAACUGGUGAUUAUGCUGUUUACACUACUCAACAUUUUUAUUCAUCAUUAGAUUUUGCUAUUAGAAAAUUUUCUAAUCUAAGUAAAUUAUCUGUCGGUUGUUUUGGUUUCGAACGGCAAGAAUAUCCAAGAUUUUUGAUAAGAAAAACAUUUUUUACUAAACGUAAAUUAGAUCCUACAAAUUUUGCCUAUAAUUUGGAUAAUAAUAAUAUUGAUUCGGAAAUAUUGGAUAUCGAUAAUCUUUAUCCAUCUGGUGAUCAAAAAUGGUAUGAUGAAUUUACAACAAAAAAUUAUUUUCAUUCGAAAAAUUUUACAUUAUCAUUCGAUUCUUUAAUGAAAUUACAAUUAAUUUUCCCAUUAAGAACAAUAUUAUUGGAUGAUGAAAUAUUGCCAAGAUGUUUUGAUUUUAAUAUAACAAUCAUAUAUGAUAAUCAUGCACAUGAUGCAAUGAUAAAAGUUAAUUUAAAAAUUAAUCGUCAAGCAAGAUCAUGUCAUUAUAUUAAUCAGGAUGGAACAUUACAACAACAAUCAAUUGGUACUGGUUUAAAUCUUGGAUCAAAUAUCGAGCUUAUUAUGGCCAUAAAUUAUACGGUUAUAUUAUUCUGUUCAAUAUCGACAAUGCUUUGUAUACGUUCAUUAUAUCGUGGUCAAUUAUUACGUUUAGAAACGGAAAAAUAUUUCAAUGAAUCAUCAUUACCUGAUGAUAAAAAGAAAUUAUCAUUUGAAGAUAAAAUGGAAUUUAUUGAUAUUGGUUUAAUGAUUAUCUGUUUAAAUGAUUUUCUUAUUAUUUGUGGUAGUAUAAUGAAAAUACGUAUGGAAUCAUCCGAUUCAAUGGAUUCAAUUCUUUAUACAAGUUGUUCAUUAUUUUUAGGUAUUGGUAAUCUUUUAGUUUGGCUGGGACUGUUACGUUAUUUUGCAUAUUUUCAAUCAUAUAAUAUUCUUAUUGUAACAUUGAAAAAAUCAAUACCAAAUGUUUUAAGAUUUUGUUUAUGUGCAUUUUUAGUUUAUGGAGGAUUUUGUUUUUGUGGUUGGGUUGUUUUGGGACCACAUCAUUUAAAAUUUCGAACACUUAGCUCAACAUUGGAAUGUUUAUUUUCACUAAUGAACGGUGAUGAUAUGUUUGCAACAUUUUUCUCAACCGAUGUUAGAAAAUCAACACUUAUCUGGUGGUUUAGUCGAAUUUAUCUUUACCUCUUUAUAUCAUUAUCAAUAUAUGUGAUAGUAUCAUUAUUUAUUGCCAUAAUACUUGAUGCAUAUGAAUCUGUACGUGAUUCUUAUAAAGAAAUUGAUUCAUUAUCAAAAUCAGAAUCAUUGUUAAAAAAAUUUAUUGACGAAUAUCCAUUAGAAAAUUUUGAUGGUGGUUUUCAUAAUAAUUCUAUUGUUGAUCAAAUUCAAAAUUAUUUUCGAAUUUGUUUCGGCAGAUCUUGA